UUAACCACUUCCCAUCUGGCCCAUGUACAUAAACGUCCAGACGGGAGCAGUGCAGGGGAGGGUGGCCAUUUAUAAAUGUCCUCCCUGCCCCCUGCUUGUGCGCGUUCCCUGUGUCCUCUGGACAGAGUGGAACACAGAUCAUUGUAGGGGACCUCUGUGUGAGGUUCGGUCAUGUGAUCACUGAUUGUUCAAUCAGUACAUGUGUUUGAGGUCCCAAUCAUGUGAUCACUGAUUGGCCAAUCAGUGAUCACAUGAAGAAUAGUAAGCAAGAUAUCACUUCUGACAUCAUUGCUUACUACGUGUGAAAUCUGUGAUUGAUCACAGAGAUCACAUGGUACAAGGCUAUUCACAACAGCCUUGUACCAUGUGACAAGCUGUGACCAAUCACAGCUCUCAUAGUA